AUGCUUCUUUUUCCGGCAACCGGCGUCCAUUUUCGUUGUUGGCUUGUCUAACAUUGGCGCGUCUUGUAUUUAUGAACGGAUUGUUUUACAAUAAGUGAAACAUAAACUUAUAAAUGGAGGGUGCGCCAGCCGGUAGAGGAGGUUUUCGAGGUAGCCGUGGUGGUCCGAUGAGAGGACGCGGUGGUUUCGGAGAUAUGGGCAGGGGUGGACCUCCGAGAGGUGGAGGAAUGAUGAGAGGUGGCCGAGGUAGUGGACCAGGCAGGGUCAUGAGAGGUGGACCACCUGGUAUGAGGAACAGAGGUGGCCCUCCUGGUAGAGGUGGUCGUGGAGGUCACUUCCCACCAGGAGGUCUACCAGAGCCGGGAAUGUCUAAUGGCCCAGGUGGUGGUGGCCUUCCACCAUUGGGAAUGGGAGGCCCGCCACGUGGUAGCAGCAGAGGAGGUGGAAGCAGUGGAUUCCAUAGUAGAGGACGAGGUGACUUCAACAGAGGAGACAGUCGUGGAGGUAGCAGCAGUUUCCGUGGACGUGGAGGCAUGGAUAGAGGCAGCAGAGGAGGAUCUAGGGGAUCCGGCAGAGGUGGCCCAGGAGGUAGAGGUGGCUUCGGAGACCGUGGUAGCAGAGGAGGCGGCGGACGUGGCGGUCCAUCAAAGAGAGGAGGUGGACCACUCAGUUCAAGCGGGCCUUCCAAGCGACCGAGAUUCGAUCAGCCGUCCUCGCAAUCCGCGAACGGUUAUGCUACUCAACCUCCGAGCCAAGGGGGAUACGGAGGAGGCGCUAGCACGUAUGGUGGAGGACAACAGCAACCGCAGCAACAACAGUCUGUGGGAUACGGUGGCGGUUAUGGCUCGCAGAAUUAUACUCAGUCUUCGUAUCAAGGCUACGAAAGCUAUCAACAGCCACCGGACUACGGUCAGACAGCUGGCUAUCCACCGCCAGCGGCUGCCGAUAGCAGGUACGGAGGAGCGCCCAGUGUACCAGCAACGGGAUCUUUCAGCACCGGCGAUCCUUACAGUUACGGCAAAGCACCACCAUCAGUGAAUUAUCAGCAGGAGGCAGUGGCAGCUGGGGGUGGGGGUACAGAUUAUGCCUCUGUAAACCCCUAUGAUGACCGACCUUCUAAUAGCGCUUCUGUCAGCAACAGGGGUGGUUACUCGACACAACUCUAUGAUUACUCGAGUCAAGAAGGUGUAUACGGCAAACAGGAUUAUGGUGGCAGUGCUGGUUACCAAAACGCCCAGUCUCAGCGACGAUAUUAGAUUAUACGCUAUGAUCCAAGCUAUUUAAUUUUCGCGUAUAUAAAUACACCUGUUAGAGAACAUGUUACUUUAAAAAAAAAUCCACGAACGAUCUCUAAUCGUUCUUAGCACGUGAGAAAGCUGGAUACCCUAAAUGUUUUACGUAUAUAAUUGUUCGCUCGAUCGUAAUCAUUUUACGAGAGACUUUACGUGUUACGAUGGAGAUCGAUAUUAGACAAAAUGAAAUGAGGCACGGAGAGGAUAGUAAAAUGUACGUGUAUUGUAUGUGUAACGAGAUUUUUACACGGUUUCUCAAUUUCGUAUAUACCACAGGGAAGACGUGUAAGUUCACGUGCGCUGCUAAACCAGUUUUUAUGAUGAAAAAUGAAACGGAAGGGUAUGAUAAAUGACACGAGCGUUUUACAUUUGACAGGAUACAAUAUUAACACGUUCUGUUGUCAUAUCAACGACACGUUAAUCUAGAGUUAAGAUAAUCGGUUUAUCUUCAAUUUUUCUUUCCCCGAACUCAGUCACGAAUCUGCGAACUGUAAAAUAUAUUAUAUAAAACAAGUGGUAAUUAUCUCGAUUGUGUGACUCGUAAGGAAAAAGGUGUUCACGCUAUUUGUAAAGUCACCAAUAGAUGUUUGUAAACUCGCGGAUACACGUACACGCAGAAAGAGAGAGCUCGAUAAUCGUUAAAGGAUUCUAGGUUAGAAAGACUAAUAUGUUGCAUUCUGUGUAAAAGUAUAAAGAAUCAAGUGAUUGUAUUUUGUGGUGUAUUCACUUACGUUUAAUCGUGAGCAGAUGAAAUACCAUGUAUCGCAAUAAUGCUGCCCCUCCCCCCUUCUCAAUGCGUCCAAUAGUGCGAUAUUUCGGCAGGCAACAAUUUUAUAACGAUACCACAAUAAUUAAUUAUUAUUAUUAUUAUUAUUAUUAUUAUUAAUACUAUUACUAUUAAUCAUAUCUACUACUAAUGAUAACAGCCGAGUCUUACUACUGCGACAUUUCAUUUGGUAUACCCAAAAUUUAAAUGCAAUUCAUUUUCAAUCUGCAGAAACUGAAAAUUUCUCUGCUUAGAGGUGACGAAAAGAAGCUCCUGUUUUUUUUUUUUUUUAGGACAAUAGUCUUUAGACUGUCGAGUUGUACAAUAUAAUUGAAAUGUCACACUGGCAGAGACAAUCAAAACGAGAUAUACUAGCGACUUAAAAUGAAUUAUAUACACGAAAGGAAUAGUCGUUCGUAAGGAAUCGUGAAAUGAUGUACGAAUAGAAUCGGUCGAUCUUGGACGUUAGAGUAACAGAACCAUUUCUCUAGAGUGAACAAUGUUGUCUUACGUUUUGUUCGAUAUUAUAAAACUGUCCAACGUGUGUUUAAAAAAUGAGAGACACUCAUCGUCGCAUGUCAUCGGUAUACAUACAUAUUAUGUAGUGAUAGUAAAUCAAUUCAAUCAUUGUAAGUAUUAGAGCGAUAACGAGACGAGACGGAAAGGAACUUGGAAAAAAAGAAUCUUGAGAAAAACCAGUAACAUAUCUUUCACGUUUAUUAUUUCCUAACUUCCUUUGAACGCACGAACGAAUAGGGGGAGCGAUAUGAGAAACUGGAAAACCAGCAACUGCCAUAGGAAAUGUAUGCACAUAAAAAACAAAGCCCACCCGACAAACGUGUAAAUAACGUAGGUAUAAAAUUUUUGUUAAGAACUAUAAUUGUUUACGAGACGAAUUUCUUUAACGACGAAAGCCUCAGUAAAGCGAACCCGUUUCCUUUUUCAUUUGCAUAUAGAUAGCUCGUAGUUUGUGUUCGAACAAUACUGUUUAAUGCCCAGAAUGAAAUUAAAUUAUAACCGGUGCAUAUCGAAUGGACACGGUUCUAGUUGUGUGUGAACAAAGACUUCUGACGAAAACUCAGUUUAUUUCACAGGCGUUACGACAACCUGAGAUACUUAGGAAACAGAAUGAAAAUUAAAUGAGAGACAAAGAGAAUGCAUUCCCUCUGUAACCAGCAAGGAAGAAUUACGAAAUUCUCAUAAUACGAAUGUUAGAAAUCGAUAAAUGACAGUACGAUAAGUGUUCACAUUGUUUGACGGCAUCAGGUAUCGCAUUCAUCAAAUUUAGAUAGUACACAUCGCUUUCUACAGAGUACAAACAUGUGUGUAACACGUACCACGUGUGGCAGUACAUAUAUUUUCAUCAAUUAGAAUUGUCGUCGACCUAUUUUCAUUUAGUUGGACGAUCAGCGAUCGAACAUUCUGUCUGCCGCAUCCUAUUUCGAUUUUUUUUCACAAUAAUUAUCUGCAUAUCGUUACGAUUCCUUCUCGAUGUGAAUAGACAACCGAUUGUUCGAUCCAUAGUUUUCCGAGUGUAUCGCGCGUAAAGAACUUAUUGUUAGUUGUAAGAGUGCAUAGAGAAAAAAGGGAGAAAGAGAAUGAAAACGAAAAACGGUACACGUAUACGUAAAAUGAAAUCGAUGGAAAAGCAAGCAACAAGAGUUAAACACGAACGAAAAUCUAUGCUAACAUAUUUUACGCUCGUAUAUAUUAAAUGACAAAUGCUCGAGUAUACCUCAACCCGAAUACUCAGGUGAGUAAACAUAAAUCUAUCCGUUUUUUAUAUGAACAAAUGACAAGUCUACCGGUCUAUUGCAAAACAGAUGUUAGCAAGGAUAAAGAUAUAUACCUAAAGUCUGCAUCUAUCGAGUGUAAAGUGGAUACAACAAAUCCGGAGUCUCAAUGUCUCUUUCCUUAGGAAGUUGAUCGAUAACUUUCUUAUUUGCAUAUGAAUCGUUUCCUAGGCAUCGGGCGUGACCAUUUAAAUAGUUCUUAUUCCGAAGUUCGAGCCGCUUUAUACACGCGAUACCUGCAGCGUAUUCUUAAAUCUUGACAAUGACCGUGCGAUAAGAUCGAUCGAACGAUAUCGAAAAUUCUUUUGAAACACGUUAAUUCAUAAGUGCCAAAGUAUAAUUCGUUACGACGUUAACGUAAAACGAUAGGAGAAAGGGGACUGUGACAAGUACACACACGUGUAUACAUAGAAUUGAAGUUAAAUAGAAAAGAAGUCUAAAGAGCACGACAUAUGUUUUUAUGAUUUAAUGCAAACAUCGUAAAGUGAUCGAAUUGUAUCGAGUAUAAGUGCGCCGGCGAAUAGGUACUUGUAAGAUCUCAAUGAUUCUCUGCUGCCUGUCGUGCUAUACUAAUUUGUUAUCAUUCAUUUCUGUAGGUUGAUAACGACUAUGCUGUCACAGAUGGUCGUACUACCAAUUGACUCAGCCGAGCAACAUCUGCCACAUGACUGGCAUCGACGUUGUUCACCGAGAAGAUACGAGUGCGUUUUUUGUUUAAGAACGUCCGGGUGUUCGUAAGGUACAAAAAAAUAUAUUUCUCUCCAUACGCAACACGUUACGAGACUGCUGAAUUUACAAGACUUGUAAGUUUCGAAAUCAACUGUGAUGUAUUUUUAUGGUAAUAAAUGCUUUUGGCUUAAG